UGCUAAAAAGGCUCCUAAAUGAUUUAAAAGUGUAUACAAAAUUUCAUAAAAAUAUUUGGACUAAUAAGAAAAUUAUGAUAGAAAAAUGUUUUUUUUCUAAAAUUUUAACACCCUGUAGCUCGAAAACAAAAAGGUUUAGGACAUACAUUGAUAUAAACUUUUCUUCUUACAAUCAUCCAAAUAUUCACAUGCUGAAGUAUCGGCAUUCAAUUAAUUAACACCAUGUAUAUAGAUCUAAGUAGGGGAAAUAUAGGAGAUAUAGGAAAAUUCUAUGAAAAUGUUAAAUAAUUACUCGCUAAAAAAUAGGACACACGGUCAUAUUUUGGCAACUAAGGAACUUCUCUGUUCUUCAUUACAUCAUGUUCUCUCUCCUACUGUAUUGCUAAAUUUUUGCAUAUUUUGGCGAACUUCUGCUCCUCCGCCAAAAAUUCAAAUGCAAAUCUUCAAACAAAGGAAACGAGCAGAACUAAAUCUAAAAUUGUUCAUUAACCUUCACCUUUAAGGAAUAGAUAUUUAACGCCUAUCCUUGGAAUUGCACGCAAAUCUAAAUUUUGCAUUUGUAGAAACUCUCACAGAUUUGUGCAUCCAACUAUUUAGAAUUUGUAAUAUUUUACGAGUUUCUCUUUGUUAAAAAUUAAUACGAGUACGUUAUCGAACCCAUUUGUUGAGUUAUAAAAAAUAAAACCUUUUAAAAAUCCAAACGUAUGAAAAGAUAUUAUUCAAAAAAUUGGAAACGAAACAUACUGUUCCUCCGCAAACUUCGAAUAAGCGCCGGAUAUAGAUACAAAUAGGCACGUAUUAGAUAGAUGGAUAAGUACAAAAUAUGAUUGUCUGGAGGAUAAUGGGAGGACAACAACUCUAAAACAACAACAACAAAAAACAACCGAACAUCCAUGUGCAGAAUAUCGAUUGGGGCUCGCACAAUGGGGUAGUUGACCAACCAAAGCAGCACGCGGGGAAAUCAAUGAGAAGCCGUGGAUAACGUUCUGGGAAGCAGUAGAAUGGGGCGUGUCGAAGGAGAUACAUCGCACGCCUCUGUGAAUUUACGUAAAUAUCGCUGUUAAAACACAUUACCCUCUGUGCAAAAAAUUAGAGCUCACAAUGAGGUGGUUAAGUGAUCACGACUUCGGGUCGGAUGUGCAACAGUCGUAGCGAUCGAUUUUUAUAUUAAAAUGUGUCAGUGAACCAUAAUGGAAACAACUGUGAUUCUCUCAAGGACUUACUCGUCGAAGAUCGUUCCUUACAAAACGAAUUUCAGAAGUCCGAGAUUGAAGGCGCGCCAUGACGUCAAAAUGAUCGUCGAUUUCAAUCGAACCGUAUCGAACCUGACGGAUAUCCGGCCGAACUUCACGUUCGCAACCGACGGCAACAUGUCGUAUUGGAACCAAAGCGAUUUUUUCCACAACUUGACCAACACCUCCGAAUUGGAAUUCGACUAUCGAACGCUGAACAGCACCGACAAGGAGGAGCUGUGGAGCAGCUGCAAGGAGUGGACCCCGGCGCAGCACAAUCUCUUCCAGACUGCUAAUUUCUUCUUCGCCGCCGCCUUCUUGGUUCCCGGAAAUUUUAAACAGAGCGUUCUGUUAGUUAGAGCACUGUUGUCAAUUGGUUAUUUUUUCUUGACCAUAUGGGGCGGUGUAGAAGUGUGCGCUCCGGACAUUCUCCUGUGGAAUCUAAUCAUUGUGAUAUUAAAUGCAGGCCACACCGCCUUACUGACGUGGAAGUUUCUGCCUCCUACGCUGACUCUGGAAUUGACAGAUUUAUAUCUGAAGGUUUUCAAGCCACUCAGGGUGAGUAAAAAGCACUUUAAGGAAUUAGUCAAGGAAGCCAAAGUGAUGAAUUUAGAAGAAGGAGACAUUUACGCUGUGGAAGAUGUUAGUCCUGCAGAUGAAAGAUUGUCGAUUUUGCUCAAAGGAAGGUUGAGGGUGACUUGCGAUGAUACCCAUUUGCAUUUUAUAAAUAUGCAUCAGUUUGUCGACUCGCCCGAAUGGGAGGCCAAUCACGAACAAUCAGACGACGUUUUCCAGGUGACAAUCACCGCCGAGGAGGAUAGCGUUUACCUUUGCUGGCCCAGAAUGAAACUGGAGCGAGUGCUCAGGCAUAGACCCAAGCUGAAGUUCGUCUUGGAUUCCCUUAUAGGUAAAGAUAUAACGCAGAAAUUGUACGCACUAAACGAGCACCUGAGUGGCGUGAACGAAAAGAGGGCAAGAGGAGAGAAAAAUCGCAUGUGGGCUCGAACUCACAAUCGUAGCAUGUCUAUGGACGCUGUUAACACGGGCACUACCGGCUUGGUGCGAUCUCAAGCCUACAAUCAAUCUCAAAAUAAAAAUUCCAAUCGAUCGUUGGGUAAAUUCGAGACGCAAAACUGGGUGCCUCUAGUCGCUAAACAAUUUCCCGUUAAAUCUCCUUUCAACCCUCAAAGUUCGUCAACGAGCCUGAGAUUGCCCGAAGUUCACACGACUCCCAGCAGAAAUCGAUCGCUACGCCGGUCUACGCGGGAAGUAAAAUUCGAAACGAAGAGAAAGUAAGAAGGGCGCUUUUACGAAAAAUAAACGAAGACUAAGAUAUGUUUUAGUAGUAGGUUCGAAUGGUAUUUUAAGGCAUGAUAUGAGACAAAAUUUUGAGAUACUUUUUUUAUACAAAACUUCUUAAUAAGUUGACUUGCAGAAUAUAAAAAGUGCGUAACUUACACAGUUAUUAUGCCAAAGACAUAAUCGUUAUUAUAUAAACAUAUGAUAAAUUUUAAAUAAUCAGUUUUAUGCUGCGAACUGAAUUAAACGUUACAAUUACUAUCUAGGUACCUACUUUACAGAAAAUAUAAGUAAGUAUUGUUAUUGGCUAUAUUUCACACCAGACGAAUAUUCACAAGUAGGUAAAUAAAGAUUCAAAAAAUUACUUUUACUCUACAAAAUACACAUUUAUCAUUAAAACUAAUAGUUAAAUUGAUCCAAUUUCAAUUUUUUUCCUAUACUUAUUACUAUGUUACGAGAAAAACUGUGUAUCAGUUGGUCAAUUAAUUAUUAAUGUCUACGAGUAGGUUUAUACAUUCAGUGUAUAUUUAUUAUUGAUGUUGUAGAAAUAUUACGAUUAUAGUACAACGUAAAGUAGGUAACGAGUGAAAGGCUGUGGGUAUAAGGUUUUUGAAAGCAUUUCAUCAUUCAAACCCUUCGGAUAUUUUUAUAUUUUUAAUCACUCUUUCCUCCUUUUAUGAUGUUACGAUUUGCUUUCAAAAAUCGGUCUUUAAAAAUGGAAAUGUAGAUCUGUUGUUAAUCGGUGUUGGAAAAUUUGUUAUUUUAUUCAUUAAUCGAGGUGAUCAUAGGUUGUAGAACUGUAUUCACAACACUAUUUUUAGUAGUUAUUACGAAUUGCAAGGUGGUAAAAGUACAUACUGUGUUAUUAUACAAUAUAAUCAAAUUUUAUUACCUACUGAUUUCGUUCAAUUGACUGCGUAUUUUUAUGAUAAAAUGUUAAGGUACACAUUAUAUUAUGGAUGUUAUUAAGGAAUUAUAAGCUGUAAGGGCCAACUUAUAUUAAUGUGGCCUAAUUUAUUGACAAUUUUCACGUUGUCUAAGUUUAUUUGGCAUUAUUUCUGUGAUAGAAAUUAGAUAAAUACGUAGGUGUAACCAGAAUGUUAAGAAAAUAAUUAUUUCUGUCGAAUUAAUUAUUUUCAAAAUAUUCCAAGUACGGCAUGCCUAUUUGUAUGAUUGUACUAACAUGUAAUAAUGUAACGGACACUGAGUAAUUUGUGUAAAAAAUGAGACAAUUUCUGAGUAGGCAAAAGGGCAAACCAAAAUUUAAAAAACACUCAGGAAUAUAAACAAUAAAAAGAUAAUAAAUAUUAUUCGACAAAGGAAGGAGGGAAGAUUUUGAGUUAGGCUUGAGUUUGGAAAAAAUUCACAGUGUUCGUAUUGGAGAUUAUUGUUUUAAAUUAAAUGCAUCAUCCUAAUUGUCAGAUAAAUCUAUAAUAUGUAUUGAGCACUACGUGAUGAUCAUAGGCACUCUGUUAGGAAUUAAGCUGAAUUCCGCAAGUUUUUAUAUAUAACAAAUUAUCAUACUCCACAAACUUGCCUUCCACUAAAUGAAAAAUCUUCAAAUAUUAAUAUCUAUUGUUCGUUUACUGUACAUAUUUAUAAAUAUAUGAAUGUUAGCAUUGUUUAUAUGUGUAUAUACCUAUAUUUGUAUGUUUAUAUUCGUCGUGUUUA